AUGUUCGCGUCGGCGCUGUUCGCGGAAUUCUUCAGGGACCCGUUCUUUCGCGUUGGCAGCUCGCCCGUCCAGUCGCCACAGUGGACCACAUUCGAUACUUUCCCGGCUGCGAAGCGUUGUCAAGAUGGCGACUGGGGAUUUCCUAGCGCAAUAAGCUAUCCAAGGGAAGAUACAGUCGCACAAGCGGCACCAAUUGAAGAUCGACGACUCGUUCCGUGGAAGCCAGUCCAGGAGAGCUCAGCCCCUCCACCAUCUUCCAAGAAAUGUGGGCUCGAACAGGAACUAUGUCAGAAACCAAGAAAGACGACUCAGAGAAAGGUGGAGUCGUCGCCGAGGCAGAGACCACUUCAGCCUUCAGCAUCGGCGUCGGCAGUGCGCGCUGCACUGGAUGCCGCUCAGUUUGGUUCCGUGCAGUGCGUGCCCAUAGCCUUAGGUCACCGAUCGAGCCCUCGCCCCCGCCCACCUCAGCUGCCGCCGUCGCGUGUCACCCAGGCGUGGAUGGCGUCGCUACGGAAGCCCGAUGUCAAGAGGUCACGCAGCGCCGCCAGCCCAGCUACCGCCGUCGACUCCGCUGCAGCGCAACCGAGGCAGCUCGCUUCGGCGCACAAAGCUGCAGGAGACGGCCUCGAUUCGGCCGGGCCGCCAGGCACGGGAAAGACGCUGCUGGUGCGGGCGCUGGCCACAGAGAGCCGUGGGCAGCUCGCCUUCUUCAACGUCUCCUCCUCCACCCUCACAUCGCGCUGGCGGGGCGACUCCGAGAAGCUGGUUCGCCUGCUGUUCGCGGAGGCUCGGUCUCGGGCGCCGAGUGUGAUCUUCAUCGACGAGGUGGACGCGCUGUGCUGCGCGCGCGGCUCCCCCAGCGAGCACGAGGCGUCGCGCCGCUUCAAGGCUGAGCUGCUGGUGGCCAUGGACGGGCUGUUGUCGGGGACAGGCGUGGGCGCCGGCAAGAGCCAGCCGCACGUCGUCCUCGUCGCCGCUACCAACCACCCCUGGGACCUGGACGACGCCUUCCUCAGGAGGAACCUGGAGGCUUCAGAAAGGCAGCCUACAAGCUGUAGUGGACGAAGACGACAUGAUCUAAGUGAAUCCUACUCUUUCCUUUUUGUAAUAAAAUAUAAUGGAGAACUGUCUGCGCGCCCUAGAUGUGAUGACUGA